AGCGGCGGAGGUCGUGCCUGAGUGCGAUCGCUGUCCGGAGCGCAUAGAUGUGCAGAACCCCUGGAAUAACCGAGCGCUGGAGAGGCCGGAACCGAGCACCGUGGAGCACCGCCUUCGUGUAGCAGCCGAAAGGGAACGAGCCACGGCCACAGCAUGGCGGUGGAAGAGGAAGGUCUCCGGGUUUUCCAGAGCGUUAAAAUAAAAAUAGGAGAAGCAAAAAACCUCCCGCCUUACCCGGGGCCCAACAGGAUGAGGGACUGCUACUGCACCGUCAACCUGGACCAAGAGGAGGUGUUCAGGACCAAGAUUGUGGAGAAGUCACUCUGUCCGUUCUACGGGGAGGAUUUCUACUGUGAGAUCCCACGAAGCUUCAGACACCUCUCCUUCUACAUCUUCGACAGGGACGUGUUCAGGAGGGACUCCAGCAUCGGCAAGGUUGCAGUGAAGAAAGAGGACCUGCAGAAAUAUCACGGCAAAGACACCUGGUUCCAGCUACAACCUGUCAGCGCUGACUCAGAGGUGCAGGGAAAAGUGCACCUGGAGCUACGUCUGAGUGAAGUCAUCACCGACAGCGGAGUCAUCAGCCAUAAACUAGCCACACGAGUGUUGGAGUGCCAAGGUCUUCCAAUAGUCAAUGGCCAAUGUGAUCCCUACGCUGCUGUUUCCUUACUCGGACCCUCAAGGUCAGAUGCCAAAAAGACCAAGGUGAAGAGGAAAACCAACAAUCCACAGUAUGAUGAGGUUUUCUAUUUUGAGGUUACACGACCAUUAAGUUACACCAAGCGACAUUUUGAUGUCGAAGAAGAGGACGUUGACAAACUGGCCCUGAGGGUGGAUCUGUGGAACGCCAGCAACCUGAAGUUCGGGGAUGAGUUCCUGGGAGGCGUGCGGGUUCCUCUGCGAGUCCUGGGUCAGGUCGGGGUUCACGACGCAUGGUACUUUCUCCAGCCGAGGGAGAACGGAGGGAAGCCAGUGAAGGUGGAGGAGCUCGGCUCUCUGCGUCUGAACAUCGUUUACACUGAGGACCACGUCUUCCCGUCCGAACAUUACACUCCUCUCAGAGAUCUGCUGCUGUACUCUGCCAUGGUCCAGCCCGUGUCAGCGUCCACCGCUCACACCCUGGGGGAGGUGUGUCGAGAAAAGCAAGAAGCCGCCAUCCCCCUCGUGCGUCUCUUUCUUCAUUACGGCAAGAUCGUGCCUUUCAUCAGCGCCAUCGCUCACGCUGAAGUCAACCGCACACAGGAUCCAAACACCAUUUUCCGGGGAAACUCGCUGACUUCUAAGUGCAUCGAUGAGACCAUGAAGCUGGCAGGAAUGCACUAUCUGCAGGUCACACUUAAACCCAUCAUAGAUGAGAUCUGCGCCGAACACAAACCCUGUGAAAUCGACCCGGUGAAGCUCAAAGAGUCGGAGAACCUGGACACCAACAGGGAAAACCUUCGUCAGUAUGUCGACCGCAUCUUUAACGUCAUCACCACCUCUGGCGUUCGCUGUCCCACCGUCAUGUGCGACAUCUUCUUUUCUCUGAGAGAGUCCGCUGCCACUCGUUUCCAAGUCGACCAGGAUGUACGAUACACAGCAGUGAGCAGUUUCAUUUUCCUGCGUUUCUUUGCUCCAGCCAUCCUCUCCCCCAACUUGUUCCAUCUACGGCCGCACCAUCCAGAUAUCGCCACCUCACGAACCCUGACCCUCAUCUCCAAGACGAUCCAGACCCUGGGAAGUCUCGCAAAGUCUAAAUCUGCCAACUUCAAAGAGUCUUACAUGGCUGCGUUUUACGACUACUUCAACGAGCAGAAAUAUGCGGACUCUGUUAAGAAUUUCCUGGACCUGAUCUCCACUUCUGGCAAAUGGGAUCAGAAGAGCAUUGAAACACCCAUCAUGCUCAAAGAGGGAUUUAUGAUAAAGAGAGCACAGGGGAGAAACAGGUUUGGGAUGAAGAACUUCAAAAAGAGAUGGUUUCGCCUCACGAACCACGAGUUCACCUACCACAAGACGAAAGGUGAGUGCGCUCUGUGCAGCAUUCCCAUAGAAAACAUCCUGGCGGUAGAGCGGCUGGAGGAGGAGUCUUUUAAAAUGAAAAAUAUGUUCCAGGUCAUUCAGCCAGAGCGAGCCCUCUACAUCCAGGCCAACAACUGUGUGGAGGCGCGCGACUGGAUCGACAUCCUGACUAAAGUCAGCCAGUGCAACCGCAAGCGCCUGAGCACCUACCAUCCCUCAGCCUACCUCAACGGCCACUGGCUCUGCUGCAAGGUCUCAGCGGACACAGCCCCGGGAUGUACGCCAUGCACCGGCGGCCUCCCGGCAAACAUUCAGCUGGACGUGGACGGAGACAGAGAGACUGAGAGGAUUUACUCCCUGUUCAGCACGUACAUGACCAAACUGAUCAAGAUGCAAGAGGCCUGUGGCAGUAAGUCAGUGUACGACGGGCCCGAACAGGAGGAGUACUCCAGCUUUGUUAUCGACUGCCCGCAGGAGACCUACAAAACCCUGAAGCUGAUCGUCUCAGCCGUGCAGACUUUGGAGCAGCAGCACACCAAGUACAAACGGGACAAGUUCAAGAAGACAAAGAUCGGCAGCCAAGAGCACCCGAUUGGAGACAAGAGUUUUCAGUGCUACAUCCGCCAGCAGUCUGAGAGCUCCACCUACUCCAUCUAGCCAUGGUCCUGUAGACUGUUUCCAUGAUGCCCAGAACCAGCAUAUUUUUCACUUCUGCAAAAAAAAAUCCAUCUGAACACUGCUCUGGGUCUAGCAUUGAGUUUUAAAUCUUUAUGUUUUACUAAAGAAGAAGGUGAGGUAAUUUAUCUCAUAUUGUUAUCCGUGAAUUAAUAUUUCUCUUUUUUUAAAUGACGUUUCCAGUAGUAGACAAUGAGCUGGAUCGGAGACCUGUGUCACCUGGUGUACCAAUUUGUCCAAGUUUAAGAAAAUAAGAGGUUUAAAACCCACUGGCAGACUGAACGAGCUGUGUAGAUGGACAUUUUUUUCUGCAGUACCUCGUGGUGCAUCACACCAGGUUCGGAGAAACAGACCUCAGAUCAGUAAGGACAGAAAGAGAGGAGCAGGUGUGGAUACGUCUGACGAAGAUAAUCACACCACGAGUCUGUUUGAGUCUCCUCUCCCUGAUGUGACGAGAGAACAAACGUUUUCACUGGACAGUUCUGACAGUGAGCGACACGCACUUUAAUCGUCUCCAGAUCUGAGGAUGAACAAGCCUCGCAGCACACUUUCAAAAAGCUUAUUUUAUCUGUUUGAUUUGUUUUUAAAGGUUGUUUGAAAUGUUCCGUUGUAUUUCACGUCUGACAGACCAAACUCUAGAAGGAAAGGACCGUGUUUUGAACCCUCUGUGGGGCGUUUUAUUGUUUUCGUUAUGUUUUGUCCCCAACCUCCUCAGGAAGGCUGCGAAGGUCGAGAGAACACAAGAAGGGAUUACCAGGACCAAGCAUGGCCCGAAAACAGCUUGACGUUUGCCAUGAGAAAAUCACCCCACAGGCAGUUUUACCCCUCACUUUUUAAAACCCUUAUCAUCAACGUGCUAACGGGUGCACAGGUUGAAGAGUUCACGUUUGGAGUCUUGUUCUGUUGUGGUUACACUCUUAGUUGUGCCCUGUGUAACCAGUACCUGGCUUAAACAAAUAGCUUGUAUAUUUAAGUUAAAGUUUUUAUUAUUUCUGCCUACACUGAGUCUGACAAACUCACAGAUGUCUUUUUCUAUCUCUGUAUGCUGAUUGAAGCGUGUUAAGAAGGCGCAACUUCACUUUUGAGUAAAGAUAAAUAUCCUGGAUGGAAGAUUAUUUCAUCUCCAUCUUUAAAUGAAGACAUUAGAUUGUAUCCAAGUUCAAAAAAAUUUCAAACAGUGUUGUGGGCAACUCCUACAGUUUGUGAAUUUGUGCACUAGCACACCUUUAUUUAGUAAAAUGUACCAUGUAACCACAAUUUCAACUGAAAUAACAAUGUGUUCAUAAUAUACACCCAUUGGCUCUGUAUAUUCAUAUUACAUACAACAACUCUACAGCUAAUUAUGCCCUUAGAUUUUAUAUAAUGUUCCUGUUUCUGUCAGGAAUCUAUAAAUUCAACUAGAAUUACACAGGUAAAAUGCAAAUCUCUGCCAAGGCCAAACGAUCCCUUUAUGAAACCACAUUUUAUUUGACGAGAUCCAGAUUUAUUUAUUUUUUGGGAUCUGCACCGAAUUUCGUACACUCUUAAAAGAAAAUUUGUUUUUGAGAAAUCGAUGACAAUGUGUUAAACACAGUGUUAAAAAAAGUAAAAACACAAAUGUCUUGAUCCACACCCUGAUUUAAAGCUGCACCAAAGUGUAAUGGGUUCAAUUUUUGGUUAUUUCCCAAUCCUCCACAAAAUUUAAAGCAGAAUAAGAGAAACAUUUCUGAAUAUUAACAAACUGCAACAUGCAUGAGGAGCCUCUGGGCCACUGUAGAUCUGGGGCCUUUGGGCUGUAGCCUCUUUUCCCAACUACCCUAACCCUGAAAUAAGAAUAAAUGAGUAACUAUUACAGGAUAUGUAUUGAGAACAUUUCCAAGUCCCUAACAUCCAGCAAACAAGAUCAGCAGUCAACAUGUCAAGCAGCAUACAGACAUGAUGAAGGCAGGUGUGUGUUAAACUCUGCGUAAGAGAAAAAACGAAAACAAACGAUCCCUUCAAGCGUAACACAAAGCAGAAUCUGUGUGAGUCCGGCUCAUGCGCUGUGAUGCUGGGUUCUUAGCUUCGAUCCUAAUUAUUACAUGUACUAACGUUAUAACCAGUCUCCAGUUAUGCUUGUGAAAAGGAUGGUGUGUUCCUGGUUGUGUUGCCCAGUUGGCUGCCUGAUGAUGUUCUUUCUGUUCUAGUGACUUAGCUCCAUCUUACUUUUUUUGGAACCCAUUUAUGUGCACUCCUCUGAGAAACUGCCCGCUGUGAAUCUCACCGGUCAGGAUUUUGUUGAAGGUACAGGAUUUUUUGUCGUUAACCCGGCCGUGUUGUGUAGUUCGACGCCUCCCCCCCCCACCCAAAGGCAACCGCCUCUCUCUUUUGGCUCCCAACGUUCAUCAGCACUCACUCUCUCGCCAAAACCUGUGCAUGUGAAGUUUAGUCGUAGCCACACGGGGACGGUGGCCUCCGCAGUGUGCGACCAGGUGACCACGAACCACUGAAUAGAAUUUUUGUAUUUUCCCCAAAAAUGGUUGUGUAGCCUCGCUGGGUGCUCUGGUGGUCACCAGAUCCCCCUCAAACAGUGCCAGUCAUCACUUUUCUAAAAUUAUUUUUGAGAAAAAAAAACGAACAAAAAAAUAUAUCAUUGUUUAGACAUGUUUUUUUUUAUAUAUUUCAGAACCUAUAACUGUUUUCAAAAUGGACAGCGGUUAUUCAGAGGACAUCUUUUUUUCCUUGUCGAAUAUGUGGAUCUUGCGUGCAGGAGAGGAGAGAUUGUUCGACUCUGUUUUCUAUCUUUGUCUUGUCAUACAGGAAUCUUGCUGUGCGUCUGAAUUCAAUGACUGAGGUGUGUGUGUGUGUUUUGUGUGUGUGUGUGUGACUGACAAGACGGGUUGUAUUGCCAAUUGAAUGAACCCAGUGUUACAGGUCAGGAAAGGCAGCAUCCCACUUAAAAAAAUACAAAAAAUCACUGCCUGUACUUUGACUAAAGACUCUCUAGUCGCCCUGUUCUCAUAUGAAGUUUCUCCUCUUUCUCCUUGUAUAGAACCACUGAUCCUUUUUGAGACACAUUUGCCAAUUUAUUAUCCCAAAACAUGAAACACAGCAAAAACACUCCUGUCUCUCGUCCCCAAACUGGAAACCAUAUUUAUUAUCUUUUUGUUUUUCAGUUUCUCCUUUGCCAAAACCUUCCCAGAAACAUCAGUGGACCUGGUGAUGGGGGGAGGUAACGGCAGUUACAGUAAUACAAACUCCCCCUUUCCCCCCUGCAGCCUAUACACGAAUGAAUUAUGCAAUAAUUGUGUUUCAGCAUGCAAUAAUAUUAUCAAACACCCCCCACCCCCCCAUCACCACAAAUUAACAGCGCACCUGCUGACCUCUCGCAGCAAAAAAUGCCUCUUCGGAGAAACACGUGAUUAUCAUAAAGGGAGAACAGUGUAUUUUGUACAAAUAUUUUAAAAGUAUUAAAGUAAGCCUGUUAUUUGUGUACAUAAAGCAGCUGAGUGAAUGGUGAAAAUGUGAUGUGUUUUUUUUUUUCCUGAAUAACUAAAUGAAACCGAUAUUAAUGCAAA